UCAGAUGGCGAGAGAAAGGUCAGUAGGUGUUCAUUCUUCUUUGUGAUUAUUUGGAGCCUCUCCAGCUGAUCUCUAGUAAUUGCUACAGCACAUGACCCACCAGAGCACUACUCAGGGAAUGUCAUAGCAUCCAUUUGACGUGACUGUGUAGGACUGUGUGAAACACAAAGGAAGUAUGGAGGACAUAGAUUAUGGAAGUCUGGAAGGCUGGGUGGCUAUAAAACCAGACAUGUUCCUCGACGACUCACCGAAACGCCGUCUCCACUUCAUCAUUGCGUGGAACAAAGUAGAGGGAAAACUCGCAAUCACCUGCAGAGGGAGCCACCGCACGGUGACCGGAGAUGAGCAGCACAGCUGGGCGGGGCUGUUCAGUCUGCAGGACAUUCGUGGCGUGCACGAUCAACUGUGCCUCUUACAGCCAGCACUCGCAGCCUACCUUCCCGACCUCCCCAUCGAGUACCACGGCAUCUGGUCGCUCUUCUAUUUCACCGAGAUUCCGCAGAGCUUGUGCGAACAAUUGGAACUCUACAUGCAGAUAGCGCUGGAGAUAUGUGGCGAAAAGUUGCUCAUACAGACUAUGUUCGAAGAGAUCAAUAUCGAGGAAUAUCUGGAAGACAUCAGCGAACUUAGACUGCAGGCUCGUCGUGAUAACCUCAGUCGAGCAAGGGAGCAGGUCAAUCGGUUUUUACUGGAGAGAAACUCAAUUACCAGUCUACAGAAGCUCAAAGAGUGGUACUCUAAAGAGGAGAUGGCACUUGGAAAUGUGCACGUAGAACUGGCUGAACUCUACAACAUGCAACUGCAACCAUUUCUUGACCUGCGUGAGGUGGCGCUGAACAAGGUUCGAGAAGCGAAGUCCUAUCUGCAGAGCGAGGAGGUUGGUGAGCGGGUUAAGCAGCAGUAUCGUGAUGUGUUCAGCGAGUGGCAUGAACAAUACGUGCAAGCGAUCGACGUCAUUGCUGAAUUAUACGUCAAGUACUACACGCAGACGACGGAACUACUCGCAGCUCAGAGAGACCGAAUGCUCACCGAUAGUCGACUAGUCGGUAAGGUUGACUUUGAGGUGGAGUGUAUGGAUCGUCUAGAGGACGUGCAAGGUCGCCUCUACACAGAGCGAGUCUAUCUGUUAGCUGCCACCAGGCGGCAGCAUGAGCACAAGCGAGACAAGCUGGAACAGCAGCUUAUAAACGUUCAAAACAUGGGUGAUGUGGCCAGCAAACUAGAGCGGCUAGAGACGGCCAUAUAUGCUCAACAAGUGCAAAUAUACGACGUGCGACUAGAGAUCAUAGGAGAGGAGGAGCGAGAGAUGCGGAGGCGCCUCAACAAGCUGCUAAUAGCUAAUAAAGCGUGUGAGUCGGUGUUCUUUGACGCUGUGGAGGACCUGUCGUCGCUGCCGGAGACCUUUAGUGAUGAGAUUGAGGAUGCGGCGAAGCUUGACCCCGCAAUCCAGCAGCUGAAGAACCGCAUCACCAUGCUGUACAGGAGAAAGCUGUUCAUCCGCGACAAAAAGGAUGCUUUGGCAAAGGGUAGACAGUCUAAAAUGGAGAAAGGACAAGAAGACAAGGCACUUUAUCUUAAACACCAUGCUGUACAAAAGAAACGAGAAGAGGAUAAGCAGAACAGUAAUUCGAGGAAAGAGCGACUGGCAGAAGAGAGGAGGAAGACACUGGCUAGAAUACAAAAGUACAGAAUGAAGUACCCGACGCCCGCCACCAUCGACGUUCCUGAGUAUUCUCUUGACUGUACUUCCGAUGACAGCCUCGCAGUAGAGUGCGUGCCAGCGAGGGUGCCGGUGCCCAGACAGCGUGCGUCGAAGCAGGCACGCCGCAGUCCUGCGCGAUGCAGCAAGCCGCCGUUCACGUUCGAGACGGACCACUUCGCCGACGACGCCCCGCCGAGCAUACAGCGCACGUCCCCACCGAGAACCAGCCCCGGCACCACGGCCCCUCCCCCACCGAGCCCCGAGGCACCGCACCCUCCCCCGCCAAGAACUAGCCCUGGGGCUACUGCCCCUCCCCCGCCACCGCCUCCGCCGCCGGUACCUCCACCCCAGCCCCAGGCGGACACACCUACGGCAGCAAGACCGAGGGGAGAAGUGAAACCGCAGGAGAAGCCGAAGGUAAAGCCGGCGCCAUCCAGGCCGCACAUGCCCGACCUGAGGGAGUUGCAGUCCGCACUGAAAAAACUCAAGAAAACGAAGCCUAUGAAGAAAGCGCCGGAUGUGACGCCGUCGGGCGGUGGCUGGGAUGAGAUUAUGCACACAAUCAAGCUGGGAGUGAAGCUGCGUACAGUUGACGAGGAGGAAUUGGCGAUCAAGAAGCAAGAGGAGGUGCUAUUAAGCACGGAUGCACACCAAAACCUGCUUAAAACUAGUCUGUUCAGAAUCAGGCACAUGAUUGAUGAACACGAAGAAAGUGAAGAUGGCUGCCACAGCUCUGAAUUCGAUUCGUGGGGAACCAGAUUCUAGCCAGUCCGACUGGAAAGGGUCUGCACACAGCGAUAACGAAUGCAGCCAGCGGUGGGUGUCGUUUCAAAUAUAACUGAUGCCUUUUGUGCUAUGUCAUCAGGGUAGGGGGUCAUCAGUCAUCAGUCAUCUGGGUCAUCAGUUCGACAACCCAGUUUUCAAUGCAUAGAUAUGUAUUAUUUUUCCACGUGUAUUAAUAUUUCCAUCCAUCUUCCUAUGCUCUGUAUAUUGCUUUGGAUAGUUGCAGUGGGUUAUAAGUACCUGUGCGUGAAAUUAUUAGGAUGUGGGGGUGACAGUGAAUUUGUUGGUGAGAACAAUUUCAGUUUGACACAAUUUUCGAAGUAAAUAAUAGGAGUCAUAAUGUAAUAUAUAUUAUCCUAAUACAUCUUACUCAACAUUAUUAUAGAGUUGUGCAAUUUAACGCCAUGUUUGCCAAGAGAUUAUAUAAAGUCUUUGAUUUGAAAUUAAUAAAUUUGCAUUGUGGUUUGAACAUUAUGUAAGGUAAUGCCACAAUGCAUCGUGAUUGUUGUUUUUUAAGAAAUUAUAUUGUCAUGAAUGAUAUACUGUGCGUGGGUAAGUCUAUGCGUGCAUCCACCAGAACGUGUGAGUGGUUUUUAGCGUGCAUUAUAUUUAUCAUAGUUGUUUUAGUGAGUGGAAUAUUUCAUUAUUUAUUUAAUCGUGUGCGCAGUAUUCGGUUUGUGUAGGUGGCGGGUGCAGUGCAUCUCUCAACUCUUGCACACAGAUGACUGUACAGUUAUUAUGGAACUAGUAAGAGUGCUAACUGGUACCAUACCAGUUUUAAUUAAGUAUAACUAGUAUCAAAGUGCUACUAGUUGAAAGUGCCAACUACAGUAUCGAUAAGGUACUAGUCAAAUCAUGAAUAGUCCCAUAAAGAUAGCAGUUUAUGUGCAGUAUCACAAAUGUACUAGUGUGCGAACUAGUACCAUGGUUUAUAAUUGUCUAAACGCUGUAACUAUGUGGACUAAUCAGGCCGAGCAUAGCAACGGACAACUAGCUAAACUCCCGUAAGCAUGCCUGCGGACAUCUAGCUCCACUACAUGUAGCAUAAGAAUGCUACUAUACAUUCUUAGAUCCUUUAUAUAAUAGGGCUGGGUUGCCUCGUGUAUGCUGGCAGAGGGUGUGCAAAUCUCGUGCGGCUUUCAAAGUGCAAAGAUGAGGAAACUUAUGACCCAUUUUUAACUACGAUUUCCACGUGAAAUUUUACUCGCUCAACUGGAAAAUGCAGCGAAGCUUAACGUGACAUACAGACAUUAGCUAUAGUAAAUUUCUAAUCAGCACGGUCUUCUCAAUUUUAGCAACGUGUCCUGUACUUACACGGUCAGAGAUGUUAUUACAUGAGGCCUGGUCACUGCUCACUGUUAACCACCGUACAAGAUCUGUUCACCUAUAUGUAUAUAUCACAAAAUAGUUACCUAACCAACAGAAACCUUUAAAUGUACAUUGGAUAUGAACAAUCAGUACAUUUUUACAGGACGUAAAAACGAUGGGGCGUUUUGAAAUUCACAAGCUACGAACGUCGUUUCAUGUGAACACUGAGAUUCAAUAAUCGGUUAUUGUUGUGAUAGGCUUUAAAAUUCUGUUUGUGUUUGUGAUAGCGUUAAGAUUCUUUUACACUUCUAUCACAUCUUUUGAUGUCUGAUAUUUAUUAUGCCUGGUAUGUUUUAUAUGAUUUGGAUAGUGCGAUUAAUAUUUUUAUUCACAAUAUAGAAACAUAUAUAUAUGUAUAUAUAUAUAUAUAUAUAUAUAUAUAUAUAUAUAUAUAUACCACGAGUGCCAAUUGGUAAACAAUCACCAUAUAUUAAUCUUAUUAUUGCACAGAGAAUUGUUUGUUUGUAGAGGCAUAUUGGCCCCAAAUCAAAUUUGUUGUUUGUCCUAGGCACUGAGCAAUCUGAUACAAGCGCACUGCCUAGGGGCAAUUUGCACGCUAGAUAACUGUUUAACCGGUCAGCUAUAUAAUACAUUUGUGUCACAAAACUACCAAAAACCUUUUUGUCUGCCUACCAUUUUAGGUAAUUAUGCAGUUAGCAGCCAGGGAUCUUACCGUAAUUACCACUGUUGUUCUUAUAUGAAGAUUACUCAUUGGUGACCACAGUAGUUUGUGCCCACGUGUAUAAUAAUAUAAGGCACAUAAAGUGCUUCGAUUUGCAACAGGAAAAA